AUGGGGAAACUCCCUGCGGCCAUUAUCGUCGCCAGACAUGGCGCUCGCCUGGAUGUUGCAGACAAGAAUUGGCAUCUCACUUCGCCUACCCCCUAUGACCCUCCCCUCUCGUAUGGCGGCUGGCUACAGUCUCGAGCUCUUGGGGCCCGCAUCAAUGACGUUGUCCAGUCUCUGGAUGACUCACUAGACUCUACAACAGAAAUUGACAAUGGUAUCAAGUCGCCUUCCGACCGUCUACAAAAGCCAAAAUCGAAGCGCAGGAUUAUCAUUCACACAUCUCCCUUUACUCGAUGCCUACAGACAGCCAUCGCGAGUUCGGGCGAGCCAGAGCUCAACCGGUCCUCGAAAGUCCCCAGUUUAGUCCAGUCAAAUUCGGAUUCUGCCUUGACCCCAGGUCCCAUUACAUCAAGCGACCAUCGAUGUCUCCUACGGGUGGAUGCCUUCCUUGGGGAAUGGCUUUGCCCUAGAUACUUCGACGAGAUUAUCCCGCCGCCCAACUCGGAUCGCAUGAUCACUGCUGCAAAGCUCGAGCUGCUGCGUCGCGAGCACAGUUUCGUUCCCGAGGCGGACAUCGUCCCUAGACCCUCCGCUGGCUUUUUCCCUGGUGGCUGGGGGAGUGCAUCUACUCCGGUUUCUCCCGCCAAUGAUGUAACAGCGAAGAUUAAGGCAGAGGCCCCACCCGGUACACGUCAGACGCAGGCACAGAGGUCGCGCGCUGGCAGCUGUGACACCUUUAGCGCUGCUGAAACGACUCGCGGACGGCGGAUGCUCAGCAAGAUUAAUACCAAUCUCCCCUCCAUUCCAGAUGCCGCCUACGUGCCUCCAACGCCCAGCUAUGCCAUUUCUCCUUCGGACCCCAUUCCAGCUGGGUACGUGACGCAUGCUCGGGACGCCUGUGUGAAGAUCGAUUUUCAAUGGGACAGUAUGCACGGGGAGCAGAACUGGGGUGAUGGAGGCGAGUACGGCGAAGAAUGGAGUACGAUGCAUACGCGGUUCAGUACGGGGCUCGACCGCAUGCUUGCUUGGUAUCGGGACUACGAGUCAACUUCUUCCGGUCGGCCUCGACGACAUUCUCAGAUGCUCGACAGUUCUGGCGAAGCCAGUUCCCGCAGUGAAGCGGAUGACGAUACGGAGACGAUUUUGGUGUUGAUUACGCACGGCGCGGGUUGCAAUGCAAUGAUCGCAGCACUGUCCGGGGAGCCAUCCCAAGUGAAUGUCGGCACUGCAUCUCUCACCGUGGCGGUCCGCAAUGAUCACAUGCCCGAAAUGGCGCAAGAUGAUACCAUUGGCGGACCAGUUCGGACCAAGGGAUCCAACGAGCCAUCCAGCGUGGAGAGUUAUGCCAUGAAAAUGGUGGCUUCAACCGAGCACCUCCGCAUCGCUCCCAGCAUGUCACGUGUCUCCCCGAGCCAGGUGACCUCCCCCUCACUCUCGUCCUACCGACACCGUCUAGCAAACCGCCCAUCGCUGUCACAAGGCAUGUUCAUCAUUGGACCCUCGUCGACAUCCGGCCCCAGCACUCGACUAGUUGCCGGGGCUUACAGAAUGCCCUCUGUCCCUACCGACGGCUUGUCCGUCACCCACCCUUCCUCCAGGUCCGGUCCGCCGCACCUCCGUCUGAUCCACUACAAUGACGUCUACCACGUGGAAGAAGGUUCUGCAGAACCCGUCGGCGGCGUGGCCCGAUUUCAAUCCGUCGUCAACUACUACCGCAACGACCCCUCCUUUUCCGAACAACCCAACGUCCUGACCUUCUUCUCCGGCGAUGCCUACAACCCCAGUCUCGAAAGCACGGUCACGAAAGGGCGGCACAUGGUGCCGUUUCUGAAUAAGGCGGGGACAGAUGUAGCCUGUGUUGGUAAUCACGAUCUCGAUUUCGGUGUCGCUCAAUUCCGCCAUCUACGUUCACAAUGUCGGUUUCCGUGGCUGCUGGCCAAUGUUCUGGAUCUGGAUUUGGGAAAGGAUGUGCCGAUUGCGAAUUGCGAUAAGACAUUGAUGUUGACCUCGUCUAACGGGAUCAAGGUCGGUGUCAUUGGCUUAGGUGAGAGGGAAUGGCUCGGAACGAUCAAUGCCCUCCCUCCGAACCUGGUCUAUAAGUCGGCGUACAAGACAGCGCUGGAGCUGGUCCCGCGUCUGCGUGAACAAGGCGCCGAAUUAAUUGUGGCGGUCACCCACCAACGUGAACCGAAUGACUAUAAGCUGGCUCAGAAGCUUCCGCCGGGAAUGAUUGAUAUAAUCUUGGGUGGCCACGAUCAUUUCUAUGCCCAUGCUGUCGUCAACGGCACGCAUGUCCUCCGGUCGGGUACGGACUUCAAGCAACUUAGCUACAUUGAGGCGUGGCGCAAGGAGGAUGGUGAAGGAUGGGACUUCAGUAUCGUGCGCCGGGAUAUCGUUCGGUCAAUUCCGGAGGACCCUGCAACGACGGCCAUGGUGAAUCGGUUGACGUCUAGCUUGGCGGCGAAGUUAGAAAAGCCGAUCGGGUAUACUUCGGUUGCACUGGAUGGACGAUUCUCAACAGUGCGUCAGAAGGAGUCAAAUCUGGGGAACUUUGCGUGCGAUCUCAUGCGAUUUUACUAUGGGGCUGACUGCGCGAUGAUGGCUGGCGGGACUAUACGUGGUGACCAAAUUUACCCGCCAGGGAUCCUGCGGCUGAAGGACAUCCUCAACUGCUUCCCCUUUGAAGAUCCGGUCGUAUUAUUGCGCAUCAAGGGUCGUGCGCUCUUUGAUGCCCUGGAGAAUGGAGUGAGCCAACUUCCAGCGCUCGAAGGGCGGUUUACCCAGGUGUCGAACAUUGCUUUUGGCUACAACCCCUCGGCCCCUUCGGGUUCCCGCAUCAACUGGGCCCAAAUUGGCGGAGAGCCAAUUGACUUCGAUGGGCAGUACACAUUGGCAACCCGCGGAUACAUGGCUCGUGGAAAAGACGGGUUUGCGUCUCUGCUGGUGCAGUCAGAGGGCGGCGAAGUCGAAGAGAUCGUAGAUGAAGAGAGUGGCAUCCUGAUCAGCACACUACUCCGCCAGUAUUUUCUGAGUUUGCGAGUGCUGGGUCGAUGGCGCCGCUGGGGUCCCAGCAUGACCCGACACUGGAGCAACGUGCAUGAUAGCCUCCAUUGCAAUGGAUGGCUGAAACCGCCAUCCCGCCAGCCGUCUCCCGAGUCAAACAAGGUGCCGUAUCGGCCCCCGUUGUCGCGGUCGAAGAACUACUAUUAUGGUCGGUUCCCCGAGAUUGUGGAAACCGAGGAGACGGAGAGCCGAGGUGUGGGCUUGAACGGGGAGGACGAGUCAAUGGACUCGGACUCGGACACUGACCCCGACAUCCUGACCUCUCCUCGUCCGACUACGAACUAUGUAACUCUGCCAGCACGGUCCGCUACGGAAGAGGAACGGCGCCUGCGUCUGGCGCGCAAGGCUGUCCGGACAUGGAUGCAUCGGACGGGGCUGCAGCCAUCGCCAAUUAAUGACGCGGAUGAAGUUGGAGAAUUCACACCAACAUGGACACCAGGUAUCUCGCCGCGCUUGGAGCAGCGGAUUGUGGUUGAAAAUUAG